UUACCAUAUGUGCAUAUAUGACUGCACGACUGGUGUGAUUCUACAUUAUGUAAAACCAGAAGAAUGAGAAGUUAAACUCCAUUUAUGUGUGAUGUGCCAGACUUCAUUCUACUGUCAUGUAUAACUAAUUAAAACAAAUUAAAAAAAAAAAAGAGUUGGUCAAUACUAGGAACCAAGCUGACCUGAUUGGGAUGUAGGAGAUAAGGAAGCAUUUAGAGGAGGUCUUAAUUUGGGAAUAAGUGAGCAUAGAAAAAGAGUAUGUGGGUACUAGGAGUUCAUAUCACAGUAUCCAUUUCUUCUAGCCACACCAAUGGAAAUAACUUUGAUAGAGUCUAAGUUGUCUGAGAGCUCAGGAUAGCAUCGAAGGAACAAAGAAAGGCAUGGAGUCUAAUACAGAUGAGAUGACUAGAAGAAGGCAAAGCAAAUGGACAUAAGAAUGUGCUUUGGAAAGUAGGCAAGGAUUAGUACUUACACUUUGAUAUGUACUCAGGAAAGUAAAAGUGAACUAGAUAGAAACAGGAUUUUAGCAUUCUGUAUAGAAGACAGAUUUUUUUUUUCCUUUUUUGUACCAAGGAUUGAACCCAGGAGCGCUUUACCACUAAGCCACAUCCUCAGCCCUUUUUAAUAUUUUAUUAGAGACAGGGUCUCGCCAAGUUGCUUAGGCUGGCUUUGAAAUUGGGGUCCUCCUGUCUCAGCCUCCUGAGCUGCUGGGAUUACCGGUAUACAACACCAGGCUGGGCCAGUUGAUAGAAUUUAAUUGUCCUGUUUUUAAUCACCAUCCUUGGUGUUGGUAGACAGGACUCUAUACAUGUUUGAGGACAGUGAUAUAUCACUGGCAAACUCGAGGUGGUUUGAUGAUUCUAAUAGCAUCACACUCCACUGGAUACACAUACUCACAGAUCUGCUCACCAGUACUGUAGAGUUCAUUCCCAGAAACGAACUGGCUACUAAAAAAUUUGGCAAACAAGCUAGCUUUUCAAGUACUGCUAGGAAUGGAGCCCAGCUGUUCCCUUUGGGCUUUAAGCUGUUGGAAUUCAUUGUGUUAACAGCUAGAAAGAAUGAAACUGUAACAUGUUUAGCCUAGUUCAUGACAGCAAAGCAGAGGUGUUAGGAUUUCUGUUUUAGAGGUUUACACUGCAAGUAACUUAACCUGAUUGUGUGUCUUAAUAUUACUGGGCUUCUGACCGCUGAAAUAUGGCUUGGAUCGAUGGUGGUUUGGAGAAAGUAGAAAGAGGGCUAUCCAUCAUUUAGAGGCCCCAUAGAAGCUGGCUGAUAAUGCUGCUUUCACCAAGCAGCCAUCUGUCCAUCCAUCCAUCAGUAGGAUGAAAUGAGAUUUAGCGGAACAGGCAGCCGUAACUCUGAGACACUUUCUAACCAACAAUUGCAGCCCUGGCCUGAGUCUCACCACAAAGCACAGCACUGGGGUUUGGCGGGAUGUGGCAGCAAGCAGUCUCCUUCCCGUCACUGCCAGCCUAGAGUGUAUUCAAUAUGAAGCCAUUGGCCAGCCUUACUUCCCAUACAAAAAUUUGGCUAAACUUUUGAUGAUGAGUAGACAGUAACUCUCUUUCAACUCCAGACUGUUUAACAAGUUGAGCAGACCUUUUUGAUGUUAAUAUUUUUUUAAUACUUGUAGAUAUUUCUGCUGGCAAUUCCCUAUUCAUCAUGGUAAUAAGGAUGAUGUUGAAUUAAAUUCAAAGAUAAUUCAUUGAUUUUAUUUUAUACAAGUUUUUUUUAUUCUUAAAUUAAAAUUUCUGCCUAUAUUCAUACGUAGUAAAAAUUGAAUUUUCAUCCUUAUUUCUUUCUACAUUAAUGGUGCUAAUGUGAAAGGAAAGAAAGUAUGGAUAGGAAAAUGGGUAAAAGAUUAAAAGCAAGAACCUAGGUGAUCCCUAAAGUGGAUUAUCAAGCUGUGAAUAGAUGAAUAUUAACUAUAUCUUUAUGGUUCCUCUACUUUUCCUAUAACUGAACAUUUUGAGAGACCCUGUUGGUCAAAAUAGCACUUUGUACUCAUGUUGACUAUCCUGGUAUCUUUCCUAGGCAUGAACAGCUUCCUUGACUGUUUUCUUACAAUGGUCACUUCAGACCUCAGCUCCUGCUCUUUGUUCUGAAGCCUUGGUUUUCACCUCAGAUUGAGGGAGGGGUUAAGGGAGCCUAAUGUACCGGAGAUGCCUCGGAAAUGAGAGCCUUGGAUGAAUUCCUGGGCCUAUUGAUCCACCGGCAGUUUAUGCAUCCUGACAUUCAUAAUCUCAGUAGGCUGCUGAUGUUCCUGAUUAAUGGGCCCAGGGGCUGUCCAUCCGUCACUUCACAUUAAUUACUGAAGAGGUGUUUUUCCAGUGAUUUACCUGACAGUGGGCUGUGAUAAAUACCCCUAAGCAGAGUGGGCAGUGAUUAAUCACAGGGCUAUACCCCUCCCCCCAUUUUUCCUUUCCCCUAACCACAGGCCAGCAUUGGGACCUGACCAAAGAGUGCCCCCUCCCCAUAAGCUAUCUAUCUCCAUAAUUGCUUGUGGAUGCAUAUUUAUUGGGGCAUGAGACCUGGCAGAUAGCAUUUAAGAAUUUGAGCCAAAGAUGAUGAAAAAUAAAUCUUUCCAGUAGGAAGAGUAACUAACAUGUUUUUACAUGGGGCAGAUAAGUAUAUAAGAGCUGCGUUUAUGUUACCUUUAAAAUUUUGGGAGGAAUAUUGUCUUCUUACUAUGUCUGUACUUAGUGCUGUGAUAGUUAUGUUGCAGGCUUUAAAAAGAGGAGACAGUACAACUUUUGUCUUUGAUAUUUGUAGUCUAUUCAGGGAGAAAAUGAACAAAUAGAAUGUAGACUAUUUCAAGAUAUUGGUAUAAUCUGAGGAGGACUGGAAUAGAACUCUAGGGUUUCAUUUUUUUUGUGGCCUUAGAAGAUGAAAUUUAGUUAAAUAUUUAGCUAUUUUAUUGUUUUCCAUGUGUCAGAUACUAAUUUCAACUUCAGAAAUUGGAAGAUAAGUUUAAUGUAGCUGCAGAUCUCAGCAAAAACCAAUGCCAUUUGCCUCAAUUUCUCAAAGUAUGAACUUUCCAGAGAUUUGUUGAAUUAAUUUUUGCAUUAAUUUGUUUCUCUGAGUAUAUAUUUAGUAAUUGUGUUCACAAGGAUACAAGGAGCACAUGAGGAAUUAUGUCUGUUUUCAAGAAACGUAUACAGUAUGAGAUAAUAUUCAUAAAUGCAACUUUUUUUUUUUUUAAGGUGGGGUUGUAUUUCUGUUUUUCCCAGAUUAACCCUGAAUUACUGGACUCAAUUGAUCUUUUCUACAUCAGCAUCCUGAGUAGCUGGGACCAUAGGUGUGCAUCAUCAUCAUGCCUGGCUAUAAAUGCAACACUUAAACAACAGUAUAAGGUUCUGGUGAAUCACUAAGGGGUGCAGGUGUGUGUAUGCUGGAGUUUGACUAGAGAGCUUACACAUGCUAGGCAAGCAUAUUUCUGACUACUGUACCUUCACCCUGCCAGAGGGAUUUUCUUAAUGUCUCCUCUACCCUCACCUUUAUGUCUUCCUGCUGAACUUGCAUCUUAAAGAGGGUAUUUCUCCAUGCGCUAGCUCUUCUCCCAAGUAGGUGUUUGUUGAUACCAUUGGUAUGGUUCAGUCUUCAUUUUAGGUAGGUGUCUUACUUUCCCUUGGAACUCACUUGGAACUUUUUCAGUGGUUCUUUAAGGGUAGAGGACUUUGGUUUGGUUGGUUUUGUUUCAUUUCCCUUAAUCAACUACAGUAGGUCUUUGCGUUUUUCCUGAGAGCAAUAGCAUUGACUGCCUUUUUCCCCUUACCACUUAAGACUUUUCCUAUAGGAGAGGUGGGCAAGAAGAAUCCAGGUAGGUUUUGGUAUUUUUCCCAAAGGAGCUUCCAUUCUCUUCCAAAUGUACCCUAGUCGUUUUUUUUUCAGCCUGCAUUGAGGUCUUUGGAGAAGAUUCCUAUGGGUGAGUGAGAAUCCUAUUGUUUCUGUGGUUACCAAGGGUUUUAUAUUGUCAUAGUAGCCCAUGUUUGGCCUGUAGUAAUUUUAAAAUAAUUUUAAUUUUGAUUAAAAUUCUUCUGACUGACUUGUAUGAUAUCCAUUGUUUACUAUAGGUAAGGAAGUGUCCUCAUGUCUCAUCUUUCCUUUGAGAAGUCUUGUCUUUCCUUAAAUUUGAGGUAGUUGUUUGCCCUUAAAAUUUUAGGUAUAUUGCUAUGAAAUGUGUAAAAAUCACAAAAUUUCCUGAACCCAGCAAGAAAGUAAGGGUUUUGGAAAUUUUGUGAUUUUGCACGUUAUCCACCCACCAUUCAUUCAUUCAUUCGUUUAGUAGUGCAGAAGAUUAAAUAGUUAAGUAAUUUACUAAUUUUACCAAAGUAUUGAUAAGAACUGCAAUAGGAGUAUAUAGAAGAGUAUAUAUAAUCUUAAAUAAUUAAUGUUAUGGUUUGGAUCUGGAAUGUCCUCCAUAGACUCAGGUGUUAAUAGUUGGUGCCCAGUUGGUGCUUUGGGAGGUGGCUACUAACUGGAAGGUGUUGAUCACUGGUGGUAUAUCCCUGAAGGGUCCAUUUUUUCGAUUUCUUCCCUCCCCAGUUCCUGGCAGCUGUGAGAUAAGCAGCACCUGCUCCACCUUGCACUCUUCACUGGGUAAUGUUAUACCUCACCAAAGGCCCAAAGUGACAGGACCAAGUAAUCAUGGUGUGAAAUCACCAGCCAAAAAUAAAAUCUUUCCUAAGUUGAUUUUCUCAGGAAAUUUGUGAGAGAGAGAAUAGAGGAGAUUAGUAAAGAUGGGAAGUUGUAGGAAAGUAAAAUAGGUAGAAGGAAGAGACCAUGUGGUGGCUAAUAUGUAAAACAAACAAACAAAAACCCUGCAAAACAGAUAUGGAAAGUUUGAAAAGCUGAAAGAUGCCCACUAUGGCUAAAUGGUAUACAAGGACAGAAGUGACAGAAGGUAAGAGUGGAGAAAAUUGACCAGAGCCAGGAUAAAACAAGUCUUGUAAACCAUGUUAAGAGGUUGAUUGUUAUCAUAAAAAUAUUGGGGAGUCGUUGAAUGGUUUUUAUUGAGGGGGAUAGCUAAGCAGGGAAUUAUUUUUAAACGGUCAUUCUGGAUGCAAGGUGAGGAGUGAUGGAAAGGAAGCUAAGACAGAGAGAUGGCCUGUUACCACAAUAUAGGGAUUUGUAUGUGUUGGUUUAACCUGGAGCAGUGACAUUAGGGAUAGGGAGAAUUAACCCAGGUUAAAGAGAUAUUUAGGUAUGACGGUCAGUAGAACUUGUCCAUUGAUUGAAUAUGGAGGUCAAGGGAGAAGGAAGACUUGCAGUGUAUUCAGUAAAAGUCUUGGUAUGUUGCUUCAGUUUUCCUUUCUUCCUUGAGAGAGAGACUAGAAUAAAAACAUCCUUGGUUGACUUCACCAUUCAUGACCCAUGGUUCAAAAUUUAUUGAGGUUUUGGGUGGAAGUAAGUCAGAAAAGGAAAAAAAAAACAUUUAAAUAAUUUGUAACGUCAUUUGAAUACAGGUCUUUUGCCUGAUUAUCUUUCAGUGUUGAGAAAAACAGAAGACAGUUUGGUUCUUUCAGUUUUGAUGUUUAGCCACUUGGCUUGUAAACAAAUAAAAUCUGGAAAAUGGCUUCCUUACCCUUUUUGAACAAAAAUAGCAUAAAAUUGAUCUUUUCAAAUAGCUGUUCCAUUUAGAUAGAUACUUAACACAUUUAAUCACAUAACUUCCUUGUUUUUCCCAGAUGGUUUUAUUCAGCAUUUGGUGUGGUGAAUAUUACAUAAAUAUUUACAACCUGUGUUUGAGAGUUCUAGUCUUCCAAAACUCCAGUCACCUAAGAUCAUGACCACUGCCACUGACAGCUGUGACAAGUUUUAUACAGAACACAGCUGUGGAUGCCAGCAGUAUUUUUAUGUGGGUUCUGGCACUGAGUUCUGGAGAAUCAUAGAAGUAUAGAAAUAUAUAGAAGAGAAAUUUUGGCUCUUCCACAGAGCAACCAAUCCUUCAGAUUGAAGUUGGUACCAUGCAGCAAGAAACAGAGAGAUGUAGAGUUCGAGCCAAAAGGCCUGACAUGGCACUUUAUGUACCUAAAGCUCGAAGGGGUACAGUACUCCUCAAUACAUGUGAUAAGGAAAAAAGCUGUGGUCCUUCUAAUUCUGUGAUAAAAGAAGAACAGAGAGAAGUUUGUCUGUCCCAAAAGGAGAUCUUUGGAGACAAACCUGGAGCUCAACAAUUAAGUAUUAAUCCUGAUAGAAAGGAGCAUAGUUAUAGGGAAGGAAGAAAAUCUUCAACAAAAAGAAAAGAUACAAACCUUCAAAAAAGGAAAAAAGAUAAGGUUUGUAGUAAGAGAGGAGCCACAGAAUCCAGUGAAGUAUUAUCCCCAGAACAUCAGCAAAGAGUUCCAAAUACAGAGAUUAUACCCACUUCCUCUUUACAAAGACAACCAAAGAGCGUGGAGUGUUUGGAGGUUCAAACUACAGUUGUGACAGGACAUGAAGGGAUACUUCUAUCACAGUCUUGUUCAGAAAUCACCGAGGCUCAGGUUCUAAAACAACCAUUCCAGAAUGUAGACUUAUGUAACUUCAGUAGACUUGAAUCAAGUGGGGAAACUUUUGAAGGCAGAGAUUCAGAAAGUGGAAUUGAAACUGAUGCCAAAGUUGUAGAGAUACUAUCCCAGUUUCCUAGAGUUUUCACAACUAUAUUGAAACCUGAGAAUAUGAGUAUACCAGUAAAACUAAGCUCUGAUUCUGAAAUUGUACUAGAAGGUUUGCAAACAUCAGAUGGAAUGCUGAAGCUCAGCAAUGGAAGCAUCCCUACUGUUCCUGGAAGUCCAGAUGGUGUCAUUGAUCAAACUUGUAUAGACUUUGAAGUUGAGAAUAUAGGUGAUAAAGCCAAUGCUACAAAUUUCAUCUUGUGUCAGAAAGCUAUAGAUUCCAUUCCUGAGACUGUGGGUCUCAUCUCUCAUAAAAUGACUAUGGCCAGCAAGUCAGAGAGCACAAAUGGCAUUAUGGAUCCAGCAGUGAUUAGAGAGUAUGAGAAGAAUAAAGGCACUGCUGAUGAGUUAUGUGUAAAGUGUGAACCUUCUGAUAUAAUUGUCCUUGCUCAUGAAACAGAUACAGAUAAUAGAUCCAAGAGUAUAGGUGACAUUACCAGUAAGUCUUGUAUGAUGGACACUACAGGUGCCAUACAUGAUCAUAUAACUGUAAGCAGCCCUUGUGUAGUUGGAGUUACACUAGCUGAUGAAACUUGUAGCAAUACGAAUAGUUUCUCAAAAUAUAUAGAUAUAAGUUCAGAUGCAUCCCCUUUUCAUGCUAAAAGUGAGAGUGACUCAGAAAAUUUCAGCAGCCUGACUGCUUGCUCUGAUAUUUAUGUUGAGAGUAUUUCAUCUAGUUUUACAGAGUCAACAGGAAAGUUGAUAGAGAGCUUGUCAGAUUGUGCUUCCUCCUUACCUAUAAAGAAGAUUACUGGUAGUAAUUGUAACAUUUUUUUGGACUCUGAACUCAGUUUGUCAAAUGGGACAAAAGUACUUUUAGAGAAUGCCUUGGGCAAUGAUCUGGAUAGUAUUGGUGAUAUAACAGAGGCAUUACAUGAACUGAGAACUGCUGAAGAGUUAAAAACAAAAGAGCAGGAUGACUCAGAGAAUAUAGGCUUUGGUGUAUCAGUUCCUGGUGGAGAAUCAUCUAUAGAAACAUCCAUGGAUUUUAAUGUAACUGAAACUUCUCAGAUAGAGGGAAAUACUGCUACUGAAGAGAGCUGGGAAUCUAUGUUUAACGAUGAUGGUGAUUGCGUGGAUCCACGUCUUCUACAAGAGUUAUCAGGGAAUAUGAAGAACAGGAAAAGCAUCCAGGAACCUAGAUUUGAUUAUUACAACCAUGAAGUUCCUGAUAUUGAUCUCAGUGAAUGUGAGUUUCCACAUGUCAUUGAAAUUUAUGACUUCCCCCAAGAAUUUCGUACAGAAGACCUUCUACGGGUUUUCUGCAGUUACCAAAAGAAAGGAUUUGAUAUUAAAUGGGUGGAUGAUACACAUGCCCUAGGAGUAUUCUCCAGUCCAAUUACAGCUCGUGAUGCUCUGGGUAUUAAACAUACGAUGGUGAAGAUCAGGCCCUUGUCACAGGCCACAAGAGCAGCCAAAGCCAAAGCUAGAGCUUAUGCUGAGUUCCUCCAGCCAGCAAAGGAGCGACCUGAGACUUCAGCAGCCCUAGCCAGAAGGUUAGUUAUCAGUGCUCUUGGGGUCCGAAGUAAACAGAGCAAAACAGAACGGGAAGCAGAGCUAAAGAAACUGCAAGCAGCCCGAGAGAGAAAACGGUUGGAAGCCAAGCAACGGGAAGACAUUUGGGAAGGUAGAGACCAGUCUGCAGUUUGAACAUCACACAAUGAAAGAGCUAAUUCCAUGAAUCAAAAAGUGUUUUCAUAGUCUUCAGAUAAGAGGAUCCUUCCAGAGCUGUGUACAUGCAGAUGUGCAUGUUAAAGAAAGAGAAAAAGUGAUCAAGACAAAGAGUGGAUAUAUAGAGAGAAGAUAAACUCCUGUCUUUGCUCCUAAAUGCAGCUCUUUGGAAGUGCCCUACUGUAGUGUAUAUAAAAGGGAGCCAUCUGUUGGGAAGAAACAUGGAAGAUGUGACUUCCAAAAGUCCUCUAAACAGGGCAAGUCAUACUAGUGUGGGUCACGCUUCCUAAAAUGUCUAAAGCAAAUAUAAAACAGAAAAGAGGAUUCAAACCUGCAAUGAUGGGAGAUUUAGGCCUUGCAAAGAUGGAGCAUUCUUUAGUACCUCACAAAGCUAAGAACAGCAAUACCAGGGGGCAAGUAGGAAACACUUAAUACAAAGAGACAGAACAGUGUCUGCUGUAGUUGACAUACACAGAAUCUACACUCCCAGUUCCAGAACUCUAAAAUUGGUGAACUGCAGCAGAUGUGGGUAUUUGGACUCCAGAGUUUGUACUGAGCUCAGUGCCUGGGGCUGCUCCAGCUGCAUAGCAGCCAGGGGGCUUGCCAGCUUCAUUCCUCAUCAUAAGGCAGUCUUGGGGAGCUGUGUACCAGUUUCAUUUUAAGCAGUAAUGUGUUGUAAGAGAGAGAUUAAAGGCCAUUUUAUGACACAUA